UCUCUCUCUCUCUCUCCUCUCUCUCUCUCUCCUCCAGGUGUUCUACGUCUGUUGGAGCAUGAUGAGGAGUAUGUGUUCACUCUGCCCUGUGCCUACGCCCGCUCCAUUCUUACCGUACCCUGGGUGGAGCUGGGAGGGAAAGUCACCAUCAGUUGUGCCAAGAGUGGAUACUCUGCCACCGUUACCUUCCAUACUAAACCCUUCUAUGGAGGAAAGAUACACAGAGUGACAGCGGAGGUCAAGCACAACCCGACGGGGACCAUAGUGUGUAAGGCCCAAGGGGAAUGGAACGGUACCCUAGAGUUCACCUACAGCAGUGGAGAGACCAAGGUCAUCAACACCUCCAAGCUGCCUGUCAUCAGGAAGAAGAUACGCCCCAUGGAGAAACAGGGACACUACGAAUCACGGCGUCUGUGGCAGCAUGUCACCUCAGCUCUGAGAUCAGGAAACAUUGACUCUGCUACAGAGCACAAACACUGUCUGGAGGAGAGGCAGAGAGCAGAGGGCCGACAGAGAGCUGCCUCCAACACACCCUGGACACCCAAGUACUUCAUCAAGGAGGGCGAGGGCUGGGUGUAUCACAACCCCUUGUGGAAGACCCACUGACGAGGGGAGGGGCCUCGGGGGGAGGGGCAACGUGCCAGCUGCCAAUCACAGCACGGCGAGCGGCCCGCUGGUGGUCAUGGCAACACACAGGGGACCAGCUAGCCGGGCCGCUAGAGAAUAGAGGAAAUACACAAGGGGCCUGUGUUCCAAAUGGAAUCCUAUUCUCUAUAUAGAGGACAACUGCAGAAAGAGUGCACUAUAUAGGGAAUAGGGUGCUAAUUUUCAGAUUUGCCCAAGGAUUGUCUUGGAUGAGGAGCUUGUGUCUCAGUCAUUCAAUAAGAAUGAGAGGUGCCAAAGACUCUCAAGAGGGACAGAUACUACAGUCAAGACAGCAAAAAGCUCACUGAGUUUCCCUGUCAGAAGCUGACCUGCUACCACACGAUACAGGAAACUUGGCGGCCAUUUUGGAGACGGACCGGGUCGAACCAGGAAGAGGUUGGUUAGGGACAGAAGAUGAGCGUGAUCGUUGGUGGUCAAAGAUAGCUGAACAAUUAUGUAGCUUUAAAAAAAUAUAUAGUAGAAUCUAAAUACCAGAAGAAUAUAUUAUAUUCACAUGGUUCUUCCUUCACUUUUAAUUUGUUUGCACAGGUACUGUAGCUGUCUCCACUGUUAUUACCCAGUAGGCCACAGGAGGGAUUGUCCUUCCAGCUGUCUCCACUGUUAUUACCCAGUAGGCCACAGGAGGGGUUGUCCUUCCAGCUGUCUCCACUGUUAUUACCCAGUAGGCCACAGGAGGGGUUGUCCUUCCAGCUGUCUCCACUGUUAUUACCCAGUAGGCCACAGGAGGGGUUGUCCUUCCAGCUGUCUCCACUAUUAUUACCCAGUAGGCCACAGGAGGGGUUGUCCUUCCAGCUGUCUCCACUGUUAUUACCCAGUAGGCCACAGGAGGGGUUGUCCUUCCAGCUGUCUCCACUGUUAUUACCCAGUAGGCCACAGGAGGGAUUGUCCUUCCAGCUGUCUCCACUGCUAUUACCCAGUAGGCCACAGGAGGGGUUGUCCUUCCAGCUGUCUCCACUAUUAUUACCCAGUAGGCCACAGGAGGGGUUGUCCUUCCAGCUGUCUCCACUGUUAUU